AUGGAGACGGAUACGGAGUCGGAGAGUGAUGAAGAUAUGGAGAUGGAAGAGCCGUUGGUGUUCGAGGUGAGUGAAAUCGAUUUGGAGUACGAGUUUGAAGCUGCUCGGUGGCACGAUUUCACUCGGGAGGAGCUGGAGACUGAGUCUCGUGUCGCCGAGCUCUGGUUCGAGUCCGCUCAAUCUUACCCACCUUCUCCUUUUACAAGGAAGCUGUUGAUGAUAGAGGAGGUUUCUGAUGAUAAGACAGAGCCUUCUUCUUUGAAAUCAGAAGAUGGGGAAGUUACUGCAGAUGUCAUCAUGGAGAGUGACAGAGAAAUUAAGGAGCAACCAGAUGAUGUGAAUGAAACAGGAAAUGUAGUGAGGUCUGAGGUUUUUACCUUCAUACAUGGUGGUAGUAGUUUGAAGAAAGAUCCAAAUCAGUCCUUACAUAAAGGACCAACAUUUAGCAAUCGCAUACAUAGUGAUAAACUAAGAUCCCAAACAAAGUCAAGCACAAGGCCAACACCUAGAAGCUCAACAUUGAUGAAACCUACUGCUAGCCAAUUGGCAAAACAGGAUAGUGUCAGACACCGUAUGCAAGUUAAGGAGAAAAGCUUGUUUCCUUCAUCUGCAUCUGAAGUACAAGCUACGAAAAGACAGAAGCUUGAUGGAGGUCUACUUCAUAAGGUUGCUGCAACGACGCAGGAGAUGAGUUUUGUCCACAAGGCAGUCAAGAAGAUUACUGUGCCUCAGGAGCCUGAUUUUGCAACAUCAGCUAGAGCAAAUAGGAUAAGGCACAGGAAUGAUGCUACAAUAGAGCAGGACUCAGGAUCAGUGUAUAGAUUCAAAGCUCGUCCCUUUAACCGAAAAAUCUUUGAGGCUCCAUCGUUGCCUAUUCGGAAGAAGAGCACUCCUAAACUACCAGAAUUUCAAGAGUUUCACUUGAAGACCUCAGAAAGAGCUAUGCAACAUUCAUCAGCAGUAUCAAUAGGGAAUCAUCAUUAUCGUAAGAGGUCAGAUGAUAAGGCGGAUGUGACAGCUUUACUUGACGGUGUUAACAGAGAACCAAGGAGACCAAGAGCUGUGGAAACACCCAAGGAUGAUGAUAGAAAACAGUUUCUCAAAGCUCGUCCUCUUGACAAUAAGAUGGUUUCAAGUAGACGAGACAUUGGCUUUUUUAGAAAAAGCAAGCGAGAAACUGAAGUUCCCUUGCCAACAGACCUUUUCAGUAAGCUCUCGAUAAAAUCCGAGCUCCAGCCAAACAAUGGAUCUCGCUUAAGAUUUCCUCAGCCUGAACAAGAAAAGGGCUCAAAGGAAAAUAGACUCAACUCCUUUCAAGCAGGGAAUGAAAGAACAAGUAGUGUGACGGGAAAACAACACGGUUUAUGGACAACUAGGAGGAGUGUAGGCAUUCGCUGA